UUGUUGCUUUUUAGGGGGGUGGGGGUCGUGUUGUAACGUGUCUGUUAUGAUAUCACGCCUCGGCUGCACUUCUAAAUACAAACAUUGCCCCCCGGCUUAGAAGUAUUAUUAAUCACGUGUAACUUGCCAUAUAAAUGGCGCAUUUCACAAAACAUAGGUUGUGGUGGUGUUGUGAUAAUAUAUCUGACUUGUGGUUGUAGUUAUAAGAUUGAUGGUUUAAAUUCUCUCUUUAGAUGAAUUUUAAAUACAGUGUCAUCGGUCUAUCUAGAAUCGUCGACUGACUAUUCACAUCCAAUUUUCAUUUUCUCACAGGUUUAGUACAGGAAAGCUAAACCAAAAAUAGUCUCAUAUAAUGACGACUUUACAUGGGUGUAAAUAGCUUAAGUCUAAAAGAUGCCAAUUAUUGCAAAAUGUUUAAGCGCACUUGAAGGUUAAAAGAAGGUUGUUGUAAUUGUGUAAAGCUUAGCUGUCAACUAUCUGAGUGGAAAUUAAACAUGGUCUUUAGAAUUUUAUUUUUCUAAUAAGCAAUUUUACAUGGAGCAAAGUUCAAAUUAUUAUUAUUAUUAUUAUUAUUAUUAUUAUUAUUAUUAUUAUUGAAAUUAUUUACCCCUGAUAACUCCUAUUGGCACUGCUAUCAACGAGGGUCCUGUGAAGGGGGUCCUACGGCAUUUAAAGCUCCAAAAAGGAUAUAUUCACACUUUUAUAGCCUCUGGCAUGACUCGGCCGGGGUUUGAACCCAAGACCUCCCGCGCUGGAAGCGGACGCUCUACCAUGAGGCUACCAGUCGAUUAAAAAAAUUUACAUUUUCACCAUAAAAAAUUGAAUAUGAAAAUUGACUGUCCACCCUGUAACUUUUUGCAAUUUUAAAUUUUUUAUUUCAACGCUGCGCACUUAUUAGGUUGGUACGGUUAUACUUAGCAUUGUGUGCUCAAUCUUUGGGUGCUCAAUUAUUUAUUUGCGAUGUAUAAAUAGAAGAUGUAGGCAUUCUCUCUUCUGCAAUAGUGUUAAAUAAUUUAUUUGUUUCGAAUCGCAUGAAAGGACAGUGGAUGAAUCAGUUGAAGCUGAUUUGUGCUGUGUGAGAAAAUAAAUAUUUAAUUCAAUUCCCUUCAACGAACCCACACAUAAUUCUAUCAGUUCGCGUUUUUCUUAUUUUAAAGUAAAAAUGAUCGAGAUUUGAUAUUUCAUAUCAGGAAUGUCGUUUUUAGCAAGUAAUAUCAAAUCGUUGUUAGCUAUAAAAAUUAAAACUCGUCAUGAUAGCUACACUGACCAGGUCUCGAGAAUAGCUGUCGCGAAAAUGUUUAUCGUCGCCAGUGUUGUGAUGGGCAUCGAUUGGUUCCACGACACUGUUGCUUGCAUGCCGCCGCAAGACACUACACUGUCAGAUGACUUCAUCCACAGCUCUUGCUGGAUUAAAGGCUUUUACGUCUACCCUGACAUGGCAAAGCACAUGAGAUCUUCCGGUUACUACGGCAUUCCAAAAGAUCUGAAAGAUGACGGCGUUUGGAACACUACUGGUAGUUUGUGUUCAACAGAAUCCACGAUGACGUAUAUGCGGGCAGCUUGCGUGCCAAUGCAGAAGCACUUCUUCACACAGUAUCAGUGGAUGCCGUUCUUUGUGUCGAGUUUGUCACUAGUGUUCUACAUCCCGUAUCUACUGUUUCGCGUUGCCAACACGGAUAUGAUCAGCUUGAGGUUGAACUUGAAGAACACAACGGUAGAUGCUAACGUGGUUUUGAAGAAUUACUUUAAUCACGAGAUCAACUCGGUAGCAAAGAUGAGGCUCCGCAUCUUUGUCAACCUCCUCAUCAAAUGUCUCUACGUCGUGGUCAACAUUGGAAGUUUCGUCUUGCUAGAUUUAUUCUUGAACCAUCAUUAUUUCAACUAUGGCGUUCAAUGGAUACGUUGGGCUCGAGAUAACACCUCCCUGAGUAUGGAUUUCGAUCGUCGUACAGCCCCAACGCCUGGAAACGCCAUGUUACCCACGUUUGGUAUGUGCGAUAUACACGAAGCGCGACUGGACACUGUUAAGGCUUAUAAAAACCGAGUAAAAAUGAUAUGUGAAAUAUCAUCGAACAUUCUGUAUCAAUACGUCUUUCUGGUUUUAUGGUUUGUCCUAAUUAUUUCCAUAACUGCUUCAUGUCUUGGUAUUUUAUUAAACAUCGGUGGCCAUGUGCUUACGAUAGCUUGUUUUUGUAAGAACAGCAAAACGGCUAGAUACGUGUAUAAGUAUCUAACGUUACGGGAGUGUGAGUAUUUGGAAUUCAUACGUAGAAAGGACCUUGCAUUGUACGGGGAUGUGCUGCGACUACUUUAUCAAAGCAAAGUAACCAAAGUCGUGGACAGAGAGAAGAUGCUUGAUGAUGCCGACGGAGUGGAGGCGGACAGACUGGUACUGGCCAGUGCUCCAUCGAAUCACCCCACACCUUUAAUGUUUAGAAUGCAUUCUAUAGAAAGUAACAUAUGACAUGCUAUGCUGUUUAGGCUGUUUUGUACUGCUCUUGCUUUGGGUAACUUAAUUGUAGGGAGGGGGUGGUUAUUAAUUGUAUUCAAAUCUAUGAUAGGGGUGGGUCUUAAUAAAUUGCAAUUGGUUCAAAUUAGGGGCCCAUCAAUCGCUGGGCAUGUCAAAGAAAAUUUGGUGUUGUCCUCUCUACAAUUAGGUUGCAAGAGUAAGAUUUCUGGAGAUUCUAUUGCACAUGCGCAGAUUCCACAAGUUAACUCUGACGAAUAAUUUUUUCAAUGAAAUGAAAAAACAGCUUCAGAUGAUAAAAAUGCAUAUACUUUCGACUCAUGAUGUUUUUAAGCGAGUCAAUACAACGUGUCAUCUGAUGAGAGGUUACUGAAUUGUCUUUAAACAUUUCAGAUAACGAAGAGAUAUCAUUAUUCGACCGUGAUAUCUCAGAUGUAGGGGUAUUUUGAUCCCAAGUCCUAAAUUAACGAACCUUUACUUUUCACCUGGCGAUGUGUUUAGAAGUUUGCUAGUGUUGAAAUAAUAAUAAAAAACUUGGAUUGCCGAA